AUGGCAACUAGAAAUGUCUGGCAAACUCAAUUAAGAUCUCAUACAACAUCUCCGCAAAAAACAUUACAAUUAUUCAACAGAUUGCAUGCACCUAGACGUUCCCCAAUUUAUGCGUAUUUAAAUACUACCAAAAGAUUAAUCACAACGAAUACAAAGUCGUCUACAGUGAAAAAGAAUGGGAUAAUAAAAAAACCUGUGACAGAUGCUAUCAACGACACUUCUAAUAAUAAAAGGAAUGCUACAGACUGGGCUAUUAUUAAGCAGCUUAUGAAAUAUAUCUGGCCAAAGAAUGAUAUUGGAGUAAAAACUCGUGUGGUUAUUGCAUUAUCUUUAUUAGUAGGUGGCAAGCUAUUAAAUGUUCAAGUGCCUUUUUUCUUUAAAAAUGUAAUUGAUUCAUUAAAUGUAACAAUACCAGAGAAUGGGACUCUAUGGACUGUUUGUGGUGCUGCUAUUAUUGGGUAUGGUUUGGCUCGACUGGGGUCAAGUGCUUUUCAAGAACUUCGUAAUGCUGUCUUUGCUGCUGUAGCACAAAAGGCCAUACGACGUGUAGCACUUAAUGUAUUUACACACCUUCAUAAACUUGAUCUAGGAUUUCAUUUAACUCGUCAAACAGGUGGAUUGAAUCGAGCUAUUGAUCGUGGUACAAAAGGUAUAAGCUUUAUGGUAAGCUCUAUGGUAUUUCAUGUUUUACCUACUGCUUUAGAAAUUAGUAUGGUUUGUGGUAUUUUGGCUUAUAAAUUUGGUACACCUUAUGCGCUUGUAACAUUUGGUACAAUUGUAGCAUAUACUGGAUAUACUGUUACAACUACAGCUUGGAGAACUAAAUUUAGAAAACAAGCAAAUGCUGCUGAUAAUGUUGCUGCUUCAAAGGCAGUAGAUUCUCUCAUUAAUUUUGAAGCUGUCAAGUAUUUUAAUAAUGAGAAAUUUGAAGCAGAGCAAUACGACAAACCAUUACAAAAAUAUGAAAAUGCAUCACUUAAAGUAGCAUCAAGUUUAGCUUUAUUAAAUGCAGGUCAAAAUGCCAUCUUUAGCACAUCAUUAACACUGAUGAUGCUGCUAUCAGCACAUGGAGUCAUGAAGGGAACAAUGACUGUAGGUGAUGUUGUCAUGGUGAAUCAACUUGUAUUUCAACUUUCAAUGCCAUUGAACUUUUUAGGUUCAGUUUACAGAGAACUUCGUCAAUCAUUAAUUGAUAUGGAUACUUUGUUUAAUUUAGAAAAUCGUACACCUUUAGUUCAAGAUGCACCUAAUGCUAAGGAGUUUAUCUUUAAAGGAGGAGAAAUUCGCUUUGAAAAUGUUCGAUUUGGAUAUCAUCCAGAUCGACCUAUCCUGAAAGACGUAUCCUUUACAAUUCCAGCAGGAUGUAAAGCUGCCUUUGUUGGGCCUAGUGGCUGUGGUAAAUCCACUAUCUUGAGAUUAUUAUUCCGUUUUUAUGAACCACAGUCAGGUAACAUCUAUGUGGAUGGACAGAAUAUCAAAGACGUCACAAUGGACAGUCUUCGUAAGGCGAUUGGUGUUGUUCCUCAAGACACAACCUUAUUCAACAAUUCUAUCUAUUAUAAUAUUAAUUAUGGACGAAUUGAUGCUUCACGAGAAGAGGUCUAUCAGGCUGCUAAACGUGCUCGUAUUCAUGAUGUGAUCAUGUCAUUACCAGACAAAUAUGAGUCUACAGUGGGUGAACGCGGUUUGAUGUUAUCAGGUGGUGAAAAGCAAAGAAUUUCAUUAGCUAGAACUAUUCUUAAAAGGCCACGUAUCUUAUUCUUGGAUGAAGCUACAUCUGCUUUAGAUACUCAUACAGAACAAUCUCUCUUGGCUAAUUUUAGAACUAUUUUGCGGGAAACAGGCAUGACAAGUCUUCAUAUUGCACAUCGUUUAAGAACAAUUGCAGAUGCAGAUCAAAUUUUUGUUCUUAAUGAAGGCAAGGUAGUUGAGUCUGGACGUCAUGAGGAGCUUUUGUUGAUGGAUGAUAGUGUGUAUAAGAAUAUGUGGACAAAGCAAGAAAGUACACUUGCUUAUUUUGAUGAAGUUGAAAGACAUGAACAAGAGUUUAAUCAAGACGAUGUCGAUCAUGUAAAGCACUAA